AUGGCUGCUGGUAAUUACACAGCGUUGCAUCAAUCAGAAAGUCUGCAGCUGAUCCUUGAUCAUAGGCCCUGCAAAGCACGAAAAAUCAAAUGUAUCAGACUGAACUGGGGAGGGCGCAUCAAGAGAGAUCAGGCCGGUACUGGCUCUGAUGCUCCAUCAUGCAACCAGUAUCAAACAACCUUCUCGUUCGAGGAAAAUCUCUCGCCCUUGUUAUCUACAAGCCCACGACCACUGAACCGCCAUCAAGAUGCAUGUCCUCGUCCCAAUAUACCAAAAUCAGCCGUGUCACAAUUCAUAGUCGAUCAGACGAUGAAACAGACGGGCCAGGCCAAUGUCGACCCGACUUUGGAUAGUGUCCGGAACCUUUCUCAGCAGUCAUGCUUUCCAGGAACCAGCACGGCAUCCACUGCUUCGCCAUAUGUUCCCCAUCGCUUCCAAAAUCCCUUUGAUUUCCCCUCGGCUUUAAAGCGUGGCUUUGAACCAUACCAAUGUCAUGACACCGGCUUCAUACCCUCGAACGUGGAUAUGCCUCCCCCGCGCGGCUUUACAGAACCGAUGGCCAAGCGUCGUAAACACAGUUCUUCUGCAGAAUCUCCUGCCACGACUGCGUCGGAUGUCUGCUCGCCAAACACCGGUCCACCAACACCCUAUAGUCCCUAUUUAUCCAUGCCUCUGACUCCCAUAUCACCAGUCAGUUCUGAUGAAGCCACUUCAAGAGCCUCACAGCGGAAUCAAAGUACAGAGUAUACGCCUGCUGAUCUUCAUCGAGUGUCGGUCCAAUCACUGAUCCACCGGGGGCCUGAGGGCACCAUUCCAGAUCACAGUUCUGGGGCAGUACACAGGCACCAACAUUCAAUCGCAGACAAGUCCUUUACAACAUAUGGUUAUGAUUGCGGUCUCCCAGAUUAUGACACUCCAAACAAUGCCGAUUUUGCUGCGAUAGCCAUAUUCAGUGCACAAGAUGAUGUUAGGGAUCUCCAGGACGAGGAUACGUAUGGAAGCGCAGAUUCUCAGCUUGAACGUGUUGCUUUUGGAAAAGGAGGCUAUUAUGCGAAGCCUGUACCCAUUAGGAUAUCAAAAGCUCUGGGAACACUUCCGCCUCUACUCAUGGAAAACCCAAUGAAUCUUCUCUACUUCCACCACUUUCUCAACCACACAGCUCGCAUACUGGUCCCGCAUGACUGCGAAAGAAAUCCGUUUCGACAAAUCUUACCAGAAAUGGCCGUACAUGACGAAAACAUCAUGAACCUCCUCCUCGCCUACAGUGCCGCCCACCGCGCCCGCAUGCUCAACCACCGCGAACCCACAAACCGCAUCGCAGUCUGGGUCCAAGACGUGUUCCCCCGACUCCGCCAGACGCUCAUCGACAAUCCCAGCUCGAUAUCCGACAACACACUAGCCGUAGUCAUCAUGCUCGCCAGUCUCGAGAUCAUCUGCUCGGGCACGUUUGAAGUCCCUAUUUCCUGGCAAAACCACCUCACCAUGGCUCGGCAGCUCAUCAUUGCCCGCGGCGGCCCAAACGCCCUCGGCCGCCACAAUCGCGUUGCUUACUUUUUGUCCCGCUGGUUUGCCUAUCUCGACGUCGUUGGCUCGCUCAGCGGAGACAAGAACGAUAUGAUGCUUGGCUCUAGCUACUGGACCAGCAGCACUCACGCAUCAGCAUCAGCAUCAGGAUCCGCAGACGUAGAUGCACAACCAGACCAAGACCAAGACUUUGAAAUCGACUGCCUCCUAGGCUUCACCACCCACUGCGUCGCAAACCUCGCACGCAUCUCCGAACUCGCCAAACUCUGCAAACCGCAGCGCAUCGACGCCCAAGGCAACGUCCGCCCAAACUGGACCCCAGACCCAGCCAUCAUCCAAGAAGCCAACAAGAUUGGUGCCGCGCUCCAACAAGGCCUCCUCGAUUGCAACUUCAGCGACGCGUGUACACACCGCCGUGACACCUCUUCCCCUUCCCCCCUCUCUCCAAACCAACACUCAGAACAACAACAACAUCCACAUCACACCCCCACCACCCCCGCCCCCGAAAUCCACGCCACAAACCAACUCUUCCAUUGGGCCGGCCUCCUCCAUCUCUACCGCCGCGUCCUCGCCAAACCCGCGCCAGACCCCCUCGUCCAGCACGCAGUGAGACAGAUUGUACGUCUGCUGGGAGACAUCAGGCGCGGCAGUAGUGCGGAGGCCUGUUUGAUUUUCCCAAUGUUUGCAGCAGGUUGCGAGGCCCUGGAGCCAGGGACGAGGGAGACGAUUAUGCGGCGAUUGAGUGGGGUGGAGGGGUUUGGCCUUACGCAUGUCCCCAAAAUCAGCAAUCUCAUGCGCAGAGUCUGGGAUACAGGCAAGCCCUGGGAAUCUCUUGUUUCGGGGGAGUUUUUUGGAUGA